AUGUCACAUCGUUCUACCGAUCGAGAACGCCAGCCUGCCGACAGAGCACCUGUGGCGCUGGAACGCUGGGAAACAUGUCUCUACAAUGCGGGGAAUAACAACUUUCGCGAGAGCUGGAUUAUCGUUGCUCUGGCCCGAGGCUUGAGGAGAAGGCGAUUUGAGGUAAUUGUCGGUCAGGCAAGACGGCUUAACUGUGCCGUCUGCUUGUCUGCUGUGCCUCCAUCAUCCACGGCCAAGUCUGAUCCUUCUCCUGGUCAUCUUGCCGAUAACAGCACCGAUCACUAUUCUCACUUAAUUAUUCCCGGCGCACAGAAUGAUAGCCAUAUAUGCCAACUUCGUUCCAAGACUUCUCAAUCACAACUUUCUUGUUCGGAAGACUACCCAAAGGCGGGUUUACUAGCCGCCCGUUACAACAUCAACAGGGAGUACACCUUCCGUAGGAUGGGCGCCAACCCAGAUCCCUCCACAGCCUGCCGCAAGAUCAUCUCUUUUACCCCAACGGCCCCAGCUUGUCCUAGGUUAUCUUUUCAGGUUCACCUUCGGCCUCCCCGACUCUCCAUCCUCCCCAACGGCUCGGCAUCGAUGGCAUCACGACCUCAAGGGACUCGGUGGUUCUUUUGCAGUGAAUCACCCCAGCAGUGGCCGUUAUUCUUCUCCGAAUCUGCUAUACCCUCGAAAGCUCUAGCACCAACAACAAAAACAGCUCUUCCAUCUGCGGCACAGAACUCCGUUGAAGUUUUGGCUGUGGCUGUGGUCCUGCCUCCAGCAAAGACAGUCUCUCAUCCAGCCGAGUGGUUUGGUCAGGGGCUAUGGUUCUCUUUGCAAGCGAUACCAUGUCGAAGAGUCGCAGCAGUCUGCCUCGGCAGUGCUGCGAGUGCACCUGAAAACGAAGCUGUUGAUCGGCCCCUUGUUCCGUCUGUGAUAGCCGCUCCUUAUGACACAUUCGAUUCGAGAAAGCUUGACGACAUUCUUCACCGACACAACGGCCUUUGGCCUUGCUUUAUCGAUUCGAUGUCAAAGCUCAGUACGAAGACCCACGUUCAGCAGGACGCCCAAGGUUGUCACGGUCCCACGAAUUCAAAUCGUGCUUGUUGUCACUGGCCGAACUAUAAAUAUGACGAGGACGUAUCGUCCGGCGACAAACGAAUCGAGACUUCCCUCAUCGUCACUUCAACGCAAAGAUCUACGGCACUUAUCACCAAGCUCCCGUCUUCAAUGCCUACACUUGUUGCUCUCUUUUGCUUCUUCAUCUAG